GGGAGGCGAGAGCUGCGAGCGGGAGGCGCCACGGCCUCGCAGACGCAGGCGCUGGCAGCCAGAGAGAAAGUUCCCGGGGAGAGCUCGCCCCCGGGAGGGCUGACGUCGAGGCCAUUCGCCGAGAGGGUCGCGGGUCCCGUGGGGGCCAGCCUGCCUUCUCACCGCGCGCGCAGGGCCGCCCGCGUUUGGCUGGAGGCGAAGCAGGGGAGCGGUGCUGUUGGGCGGCCGCCGGCAAACUUGGAGGGGGAGAAUGCUGCGAGUGGGAGCGGCGGCGCGGGGCGCGGGGGCGCACUGAGUGCUCCCCGCGGGCGCCCCCAGGCACUGGUGCCGGCGCUGCGGCCGAGCGAGCGCGCAGAGGCUGAGCGGGCAGGUAGCGGCUCCAGCGCCGGGACUGCGCCAGCCUUACGAGCCAGGGCCGCCAGCGCCACCGUGCCGGCGUCGCCUCCUCGCCCCGGAGCCAUGGUGCGCGAAGCGCGUACCCCGCGCGCGGGACUCUGAGCUCCGGCUGCGCCGCGCGCCCCCACCGCCCUUCGCCAGGCUUCCCCGCCGACCUUGCCCGCGGGCCAUGAAGCUUUGGCCGGGAGACUCUCGCCUCUGAGCUUCGCGUCGCCCGCUCCAGCGCCGCUCUGCCACAGAUAGCACUCCGCCCGCCGAAGCUCCCCAUCCUCUCCCAGGAACGGCACCCAGGCGCUCCAGGAUGGCCCUCCGCGGGUCCCUCCGGCCGCGCAAAGUUCGCAGGAGGCGAGAGAUGCUGCCGCAGCAAGUUGGCUUCGUGUGCGCGCUGCUGGCCCUGGUGUGCUGUGCGUCUGGCCUCUUUGGCAGCUUGGGGCAUAAAACAGCUUCCGCUAGCAAACUUGUUCUGCCAGACACAUGGAGAAACAGAAAGCUGAUGGCACCCGUGAACGGGACUCAGCCAGCUAAGAAUUGCACCGAUCCUGCGAUUCACGAGUUCCCUGCAGACCUGUUCUCCAACAAGGAGCGACAACAUGGAGCCGUCCUGCUGCAUAUCCUCGGUGCUCUGUACAUGUUCUACGCCUUGGCCAUAGUCUGCGAUGACUUUUUUGUUCCAUCUUUAGAGAAGAUCUGCGAGAAGCUUCAUCUGAGUGAAGACGUGGCUGGAGCCACCUUCAUGGCUGCGGGAAGCUCGACGCCCGAGCUGUUUGCUUCCGUUAUUGGCGUGUUCAUCACCCACGGAGACGUCGGGGUUGGGACCAUCGUGGGCUCUGCUGUGUUCAACAUCCUGUGUAUAAUUGGCGUCUGUGGAUUAUUCGCGGGGCAGGUGGUCCGGCUGACGUGGUGGGCUGUGUGCCGAGACUCCGUGUGCUACACCCUCUCAGUCAUCGUGCUCAUUGCUUUCAUAUACGAUGAAGAAAUUGUGUGGUGGGAAGGACUGGUGCUCAUCGUCAUGUACGCCUGUUACAUUCUGGUCAUGAAGUACAAUGUGAAGAUGCAGGCCUUUUUCACCAUCAAACAAAAGACCAUUGCCAAUGGCAACACUGUCAACAGUGAGCUGGAGGAUGGUAAUGAUUACUGUGAUAGUGGCUCUGAUGACCCCUCCAUGCCAUUGCUGGGGCAAGUGAAGGAGGAGCCUCACUACAGCAAAAACCCAGUGGUGAUGGUGGACGAGGUCAUGAGCUCCAGCCCUCCCAAGUUCAGCUUCCCGGAGGCGGGCUUACGUAUCAUGAUCACCAAUAAGUUUGGGCCCAGGACCCGGCUGCGGAUGGCCAGCAGGAUCAUAAUUAACGAGCGGCAGAGACUGAUCAACUCGGCUAACGGUGUCAACAGCAAACCAGUUCAAAACGGGAGACACGAGAACAUCGAGAAUGGCAAUGUUCCCGUGGAAAACCCCGAAGACCCUCAGCGGGAGCGGGAGCGGGAACCACAGCCCCCCCAACCCCCGCCACCACCCCCGGAGCCGGAGCCGGUCGAGUCUGCCUUCCUGUCCCCCUUCUCCGUGCCUGAGGCAAGAGGGGACAAAGCCAAGUGGGUGUUCACCUGGCCACUCAUCUUCCUCCUGUGCGUCACCAUCCCCAACUGCAGCAAGCCCCGCUGGGAGAAGUACUUCAUGGUCACCUUCCUCACCGCCACGCUGUGGAUCGCUGUCUUCUCCUACCUAAUGGUGUGGCUGGUGACUAUCAUUGGAUACACGUUUGGGAUCCCAGAUGUCAUCAUGGGCAUUACUUUCCUGGCAGCGGGCACGAGUGUUCCAGACUGCAUGGCCAGCUUAAUCGUGGCGAGACAAGGCCUUGGCGACAUGGCAGUCUCAAACACCAUAGGAAGCAAUGUAUUUGACAUCCUAGUGGGACUCGGCAUACCGUGGGGCCUGCAGACCAUGGUUAUUAACUAUGGGUCCACGGUGAAGAUCAACAGCCGGGGUCUGGUCUAUUCCGUGGUGUUGUUGCUGGGCUCCGUCGCUCUCACUGUCCUCGGCAUCCACCUCAACAAGUGGAGACUUGACCGCAAGCUGGGCGUCUGCGUGCUGGCCCUCUACGCCGUCUUCCUGUGCUUCUCCAUCAUGAUAGAGUUUAACGUCUUCACCUUCGUCAACUUGCCCAUGUGCCGGGAAGACGAUUAAAGCCCAGCCGCUGCCCCCCCGGGAGCGGUUCUGGACUCUCUGGCGCCGGGGUCCCCUCUCUCUCCCCCUCCCCCACCGCGAGUCUCUCCUGCCUCGGUGGCCACCGUCUGCUCUUCCACAGGCUGGAAGGAAGAGCCAUCGUGGUCUUUGUCUGGUCACGAGCCAGGCCGCUGGGCGUCCUCCUCCUCCUCGGGGUGCUGCCCUCCCCGCACGAGGCAAGGGUCAGGGGCCGCUGUCCGAGCCGCUUGGCAGACCCCUGCGCUGGCAGCCCGGCCACAGGGAUGUGGCGUGCGCCUUGUCUCUCUCAGACACUUUAGUGAGGAACUUCCGUGUGCAAUGUGUCCUUCUGUCGCCUGGCAGCCUCAGAAGGGAGGUGGCCGGGAGAACGCGCGGUCCCCUGGGGCGAGUGCAAAAAUAGGAAUGUUGUUCUCAACUGUCACCUCUAGGCCAGAGGGUGUGAGUCCCUUCGGCCUCAUGUGCUCCUCAGACCCUCCGACCUCUGCUGGUCGUAAGCACUCACAGUUCGGAGGGGGGCAAGGCCUCACCCUGCUGAGGGUUUGGGGGGCCCCAAGGGCAAACAUUCCACCCCUUUCUCUGGAAAAAAUCGGAAGAAUGGAGAGAGCAUCUCACGGCCGAAAGGAGAAACCUGUGUGAAUUUUCUUGUCACUUUGAGGCAUUCAGAGAAUGAGCAAUGAAAUAUUAAAAAUAAAAUGUCCUAUAGAUCAUCAUACUUGAAAAAACUAUCAUUCCAUACAAAAAGGCCACGCUAGGGACCAAACAGGUAACACUGCCUGUAAAACGAAUCCUAGGUGUAUCGUGUUGCAUGGACACGAAGACGUUUGGUUUGGAAUAUAGAAAAGCGUGAAAGACUCACAUCUACCUGGGUGCUAAUUCAGAGACACAGCGGAGAUGGUAGUUUACAGCCAUACAUUCCAGACCUUCCGUGUGAUGCCACACAACGUCCGUGUGGGGUUGUCGCCCGUUUGUUAAAAGCUCUCCUCUCAUAAGCCACCCUGUUGCAAGACCCGAUUGUCUCUUUGCCCAGAAAAUUUCAUAGCCUGGUGAACUGCAACGAGUGUGUACAUGUCAUGGGUAAGAACGAGGAGCGAGAUUUCCUGAAAAACAAAGAAUUGCUCUCUGUUCCCGGGAGGCAAGUAUGAAAACCAUAACUUGGCAUUUCUAGAGCUGAGUUUCUUGAGCCUGAGUUGGCUACCUGUGAAGGGCCAAGGAUGGGAGGUGGAGUCACCAAGAGAUAGAGAAAAUAUUAAAACAAUUUUCACCUGCUUCGUAGCUCUCAAAUCUGUAUUAAAAAGAUUAGUGAGCGCCAACCAUCCGUGGUUUCUAAAAAGAAAGCACAGUUCAUUUUAUAUAGAGGGUUUUUUUUUCUUAUUUUUUUAAUAUUUCUGUUGCAAAAGUCUAUCGGAUUUGAUGCACUUUAAUAACUGGGGUAUUUUGCACAGAAGAAUAUGGGAACUACCCUGAUAGGGUGAGGAAAGAAGGUUUUUAGCGAUUCGCCAAUAAUCAGUCGUGGGUGAAGAGCUGAAAUGCAACAGCUAAUUCCUUCCUGAAACCCCAAGGUUGUGACCUGAGGUGGAAUUUGCGGCUGUGCUUGCUAAGGCCUCCGGAAUUUCAGGAGGAGGAAGUGCUCACGUGCUCGCGUCUGCGUCUUUUCAGUGAGCGUGAGCCUAAGACAGGAGGGAACUCAAUCACCAGGCUUCUGUGCGGGAUCCGCAUGUGUUCGUAGCUACAGCAUACUAAGGCUCCUCUUUUGUUUCUCUUCCUAGAUUGGGCUCAUUGAGACGUCUUCAAGUUGAGGGCAAAGGUGAUUUUCCUAAGAAAUUAGCUAAGUAGGAGGCCAGGGAACCAGUAAGAUCAUCGGUAUAAACUUGGCAUACCCAGGAUUUCAGAGCGCCCCUAGGACCUCUCAGCAUGGCUCACCUGGUCCCUUUAGUCCUACAGAUUCAUUCGGGCUUCAAAGUAUGUCUGUCUCGACCUCAGUUCUCGGAAUUGCCCUUUGAUGUAAGUAGGGAUGAUUCUCCCCGUUUAACAGAAAAUGUAGUCUUAGGAGGGAUCAGGUGACUUUAAAUCAAUUGUCAGUUAGGAGCAGAACAGGGGCCAAGCUCCCAGUCAUCACUCCUCCCUGGGUGGCCAGGGGGUUGGCCAUCCUAGGUGGGGGGUGGGGGGUGGCAUAGCGUUGCCCUUGUGGUGGGUUCUCAUUGUUUAAGUUAAAACUUUAGCAAAUAUUUAAUUGACUCCUGGUGCCCCGGCUCGAAUCCUAACAGCAGUCUCUCUCUAGUGCCCCUGUUUUUUUUUUCCUGGUAAAGACCAGAAGAUAUUUUACCUACAAGGCACCAGUGAAGUCCGUGCUGGUGUCCACGUCUCUGAAGCCUUGCGUAGCUUUUCGAGAACACAUCCUAAUUACCUGCCUCUCCCUCAGCAGAGUCCAUCUGAGAUGAUACACUAUCCUACAGUCGCAGUUCGAGACUAAAGAAAAUAGUGUUUCUAGGACUUAGAGCACUGCUGCUGGCUAAUUCUCUGUUGACUGUAAUGUGCCAAUGUAACUUCUUUAAAGGAUCUAUGUAUUUAUUGUACCUAGGAAACUAUAUAUACACUGUAGGUGAAUAAUCCUCUUUUUUAACUAAAUAUUGUUCCAUCACAAGUUUAAAGAAUUGCUUGAUUAAUUAGGCCUUCAUUUAAAAAUAAUGCUUUUAACACUACACAGGAUUCCGUCCUUUAUUUUAGUCCCAAAGCUAAUCAGCAUGGGGUAAUUACUCUGCUUCAAAAACAGUCAAUAAAAAUAAAUAAAUUUAGCUCUUCUGAUGGGGAGCAGAAAAGAGAAAAUGAACCAUUGCACUGAGAUGGAAAAUGACUGUAGAAUCGGGAGCAGAGGGUUGCUGUCAGUUUCUAGUUUGGAAUUCGCUCUUACCAGCUCAAGCACGGACAGGGUUGUUAGGUGUGUGGUGUCUGAAAGCCUGGCCCUGGAGGAAGGUUCUGGGUCAGCUGGGGGAAAGACGAACGGUGAAGGACACCUAGGGCAGGGCAGGUCAGAGUCAUCAUCUUUCCCAUCACCUGCAGUCUGCUGGUCUCUGAAUCUCGCCCAGGUGCACAGACCUUGCUGCUCAUCACCCCUCCCCCUACCCCCACCUGUUCGGGCUCUGUCUGGCUUCUGCCUGUCCCCUGCUUUUACACACCCAAGCAGUUGAUAAGGCAGAACCCUCCCGGAGCCAGGUUAAGCCAGGUUGGGGGGGGCAUGCACAUCACUUUAGGGCGGUCCUGUAGACCCCAACCAAAGACCCCUUCUUGGGCUGCCUAGGGGUCUAGGUCCCCAAGUAAGAAGAGGUCCCCCUCUUCCCUUUUGAUGAGGAAUUGCAAGCCUGACCCAUCAGCAGGAGCCCAGCACUCUGGGAAUGCCGGACUCCACACACAGGCUGGGAAUCUGGGAAGAGAGCGCAGCUCCUUGCCCGAAGCCCUUCCGUCCUCCUGGCAUUUCUCCCGCCAGAGCCCUAGAGCCCCUCCUUCUCCUUAAGGUGGGGGUGGACAGAGCGAGAUGGACUGGGAGAGGGUCAGUUCUUUACCCCCCGGGGGGGGAGUGGGGAAGAACCCCAGCACCAGCGGCUGAAACUGCUGUUUUGCCCUGCCCUCCUUCCCCUGCAUAUGAGAUGGGCCACUGGGGUUUAGACUCAGGAGCGGUGCAGGUGCGGCCUGCCACGUUUGGGGACUUUCUCCUGUGGGUCCGCAGGAGGGAAGCAGAGACCCUGCAGCUGGGGCUGGUGCUCCUCAGUGGGUGUGGUGUUCUGACGGCGCCAUGGCCCUGACCCUGAGUGGGCACCGAGGGCGGGGGGCGGCCCCUUCUCUUCCACCCCCACGCCCCCCUUUCCUUCCCUCACAGGCCAUGAUUCUCCUUGACUGGAAAAGAUGGCUGGCUUGUGUAUGGGACAGGCUCUCAACAAGAACUUGUUGCUUGACUACACCAGGAACUUGCCUGUCCGGGUGAAAAUCUUUAGGCAAUUGUUCCCACGCGCCGUGAUUUAAAUAUCCCCAGGUCUGAAGCCCUCUGAACAUGAUCUCUGUGUGUCUUUCUCCCCUUGGGGCAGUUAGCAGAUGUGUCCAGGGCACCUGAGAUGGUUCACAUCUUGGCAGGUUUGUUGCCACAUUGUGCUCAUAGAAACUUCCAGAAAUGUCUGAAUAUGCUCUCUGGGCAGCUCUUGGGUGGCAGGAAAUCCAUCAUCUCGCCCCACCCCCAAAGUGCUGCCUCCCUAACCCAUACGUCUCUAUGUGGAUUCACCCAGAGUGGCUGGACACCCCUACCAGGUGUGGACAAGUACUUUCCAGCUCUUUUGGUUGCUGUAGCUGAUUAUCUGAGCCCCUCAAGCAUGGAGGCUCCCUCUGGACCUUCUCAAAGCACAGAGAAGGGGCCCCUCUAGCACUGGGUAAACCUUCCCAUUGCAUCAGUCAUGUGGACGGUAGAACAAGGGAGUCUUUCCAUGGAUCCAUCCCUACAAGGCAGAGAGCUGGAGAAAACGUUCCCGCAAGGGCACAGACCACAGGGGCACAGAUUUUUUAAAAGACGUUUACGUUGUUGUAUUUGCUUCUUAAUGAGGAGUAUCAGACCGGGAGACUAGCUUUGUGUCAGGCCAUCCCUCAAGCCUAGCAGCCGACGGGAGAACACCCAGCCCGUCACAGGGCUGCGCAACCUCAAGGAACUGGGUGUCCGCAUAAAAUCGGGAGAAGAAGAGCUUUUCUCCCAUUCUGCCCCCUGGCUGGAGCUGCUUUUUCCGUCGCACCAAGGAAGCCAGCUGGCUGGUAUUAGAGCUUUGAUAGUUUAUGGAGGGUUUUUUUAAUUCUAAUUUUUCAAUGACAAAUGGCACCCUGGUUCCCUUUGUCUCUGCUAAAUCCUCACACACUGCCAGGGGCUGGUGGCCCUGCUUUGUGUCAUGUUUUAUCUUCGUGUUUCCAGGGUUUUCCCUCGCCUCAUACAGGUGUGCGUGUCCCGGGCUCAGGGGCAGGUGUCCUCCACACGCGUCGUAGCAGGGGCUGAAAACAAGGUCCCUUCCAGUCUGUGGCCUGAACACCCUGAGACAGACCUAGGGGCUGAAAAUGCCCCCCACACCUCCGUGAAGGUCAAGCCCUUGGCAUGUAGCUUUAUCCAUCGUUAGAUUCGUGCGUCUGGGAUUGGUUGCUCCUUGGUUAAAAGCCUGAAGACAGAUUUGGGCAUAAUCCACACCUAUUCCCACUGUUGCCAGAGUUUAAACAGUUGCUUUUUAUGCAACAUGUUGGUUGGGACUUUUCCAUGGUCCAGGCCAAUAAAACCCUUAAUCCUGGAGAAGGUGCAUACCCUCCCUACCCCACCGUUGGAAAACAACUUUUUUAAGCGAUCGAGAGAAAGUAUGGGCUGUUUGGGGUUGCUAGCUGCGUGGUCUGGUACGAUCACCCUUUGUGCAUAAAAGGAGGGUCCCAGACAACAGCACUCUCCCUGCUCCCACUCCAGAAUUCCCAAGAUAGGAAUUCCCAAUUAUCCAGAUGGACUGUCUCCUUUAACAGAAGGAGCAAGGCCUUUCCUCACACUGAAAAUGACUGGGGUGUGAGCCAGGCAGCUCUGUUUUUCCAAAUCAAAUGUUCUAGUGGGGCUUUUUGUUUUGUUUUCUGGCCACUGGGGCAUCCCUGUCCUCACCUCCAGCGGUGCCCUUCUGAGCUAUAGAAUGCUUCCUGGCGCUUCCUACACAUGGUUUAGACCACAGAUAUUUGGGGACCCAGCAGACAGAGCUGUGGCUGAGCCUCUGGGGGUCAGCUCUUGGGGACCCUCUUCAGGGGGCUGUUAGUCUGGGAGGCCGGAUGUCCAAUUCAGAGCAAGGUGCCUUCUGCAUGUGUCUCUUGGCCAGCAGCUGCCAGCCAGGAGUAGUUGCUGGGUGAGCACAAAGAGAGCCUUGAAGACCUAAAGAGGAGAGAGGGCUGCCUGCCGGAUGGGGCCGCGCCUGUGGGCAGAGGCAGGAGCUGCCAAGAAAAGGGCCAGGCGAGGAGAGGCUGGGCACAUCCCAGAUGCCCAAGAGGCAGGCUGGGCACAGUUGCCGCAAGACCAUGGGAUUUUCCUGGGGUCCAGCCAUGUCUCUACCAAACAGCAGGUAGAUAGAAUCAAGGGGCUCUUUUAUGCCACUUGAGUUUAACCCCCAAGACAUUUCUGGCAUGCUGGGCUGAAUGUCACCACCCUUGUUCAUUCCAACAGGCAAAGCAGGAGCGACGAGUUGAAAAGUUGUAAAUAAUAAAUAUAUUUCACUAUUUAUUUUUUCAAUAACUGUGACCUCCUGCACUGUGAAUGCUCUGUGAUAUGAGAUUCUUAGUUUAAUAAAACUGUCAUUAAAUUUGAAUGAAUUCAUAUUAUUGGUUACUAAACACUGGCAUGAGUUUAUUUUUAUUGUGAAGAAAAAAUCUAGAGUAAAUAUCAACUAAAUAUAAGAAAUCUAGCAGUCAGUAUUGUAAUUCAAUAUAUCAAAAUCUGUACACCGUCAAUAAAAUAAAUGAGCACAAGUUGUCUUUCCCUAUAU